CACUAUUCUCAUCCUUUUCGGAAUCUCUGAAACCUUCUUUAACAAAUCCAUGGCCAAGGGUGAGAAGAAACCCGCUGAGAAAAAGCCCGCGGAGAAGACUCCGGAGAAGGCGAAGGCAGAGAAGAAGAUUCCUAAGGAUGCUACCUCCGGUGACAAGAAGAAGAAGAGAAAGGCGAAGAAUGUGGAAACCUACAAAAUCUAUAUCUUCAAGGUUCUGAAGCAGGUUCACCCUGACAUUGGGAUCUCCAGCAAGGCAAUGGGGAUCAUGAACAGCUUCAUCAAUGACAUAUUUGAGAAGCUCGCACAAGAAUCAUCUAGAUUGGCUCGUUACAACAAGAAGCCUACAAUCACAUCCCGUGAGAUUCAGACUGCCGUUCGUCUUGUCCUCCCUGGUGAACUCGCUAAGCAUGCCGUCUCAGAAGGCACCAAGGCUGUCACCAAGUUUACUAGUUCUUAAGCCGUUUUAUUGGAGCUAGGGUUUUUUUGUCUGUAUAUUUUCAACCCUUGCUCUGUAAUGUCAUUUCAUGCUUUCUGGCAAGUUUAAAUUUAAAUAUAUAUUGCAGCUUUUCAA